CUAAUAAAUGUGUCCACCCAUCGGGUGAAAAUCGUGCAAUGGCCAUCAGUAGAAUCAUCGAAAUGCUGUUGUGUAUGAAAUGUGUAAAAUGUAGCCGUUAAAGAACAUAUUUUGUUUAUCAAAAAUAACGGAUAGAUAACAUUGAGAAGCAUUGCACCAUCGAUCCAUAAUAAAAACAAUUUAAAGCUGAUUGAUUUAUCAUUUCGAUUGUGGAAAUUUGGGUGAUAUUUUAUAAUUCGUUGCGCAAUUUGUAUCGUGCAAGUGACGCUUAUUCGUGAACGUUAUUUAUUCCAUGACUUCUUCACCUGAUAAUACGUUUCUCACCAUUUGUCCACUUAUGGUGAAGUCGUGAGCAUUUUCCAAGAUUGUUUUUAAGGAUUUUGUCGGGUCUUUAGGACGUAUUUGAGGUUAGUGGAAAAUGACAGUAUUAGAGGCAGAAGAAGAUUCGGAUGAGCGAUCCGUUCCCCCGAGGAAAAAAAUUUGCUUGUCUCUGUCACGACGGGAUCAUAACAUUAAUAAAAAUAUAUCCCAGCCCCCUCAUUCGUCUACACGAGGGGGCUUCUUCGAAGAUCAAGAUCUUCCUUAUAGCACAAGCAAAAUGUUGAAUGGAUAUCGGAGUCAACUGGGUAAUCAUCAAGACGCAUCUUACGACAUUAUUGGGGGUUGCUCUGAAGGGUUGAGAGUCGCAACGCUGUGUAAUCUGGGGAAUACAUGCUUUUUGAACAGCGUUAUAUAUACGCUGCGCUUUGCACCAUCGUUCCUGCACAACUUGCAUCAUCUUGCGACAGAUUUGUCGAAUCUUAAUGAAAAACAGUCACAGGUAAAGGUAAAAUCGUCGUCGCUAGGGCGUACAGGUGUUUCCCUGACAUCAAGUGGUAAUCGAAGUUGGAGUAGCAAAGAUUUAUCGGCGUUAUCUGGACUGGGUGAACUGAAUAAACCAAGGAUACAAGUCGCCACUGAAAAGUUACACGAGUUAUUUAUGGCACUGAGGGUAUCUGAGACUAAGGAGAACAGUGAGCCCUAUCAGCCCGACGCAUUUUUACAGGCUCUCAGGGACGUGAACCCCAUCUUCGAAGGCAACCAACAACAAGACGCUCACGAGUUGUUAGUAUGUUUGCUCGAUAACAUUAGAGAAACAUUUCAAUUACUUGUAAGAUACCGGGAGAGUCGAUUUGGUCAGAGUAAUGGUGGACUUGGUGAUUUAAAUAUGGAUCGUUUCAAUGAGAUGCAAUUCGAGGGAAGUGGCUCCGGCAAGCGCACCAUAAGAAAGAAAAAACCGAAGAAAUAUCAAACAACUCGGGGUAGUAUGAGUUGUUUACCCCAGCCUAGUGUUAAUGGUAUGACGUCAAGACCCUUUGAGAAUGGACACGCUGAAUUUUUGCCUAGCAAUGGUGAAGCCUACUAUCCACCUGAGAGUAAACAGUGCUUUAUCUCUGAGGAUUUCGAGGGUGUGAGCUUGUUACGUACAACUUGCCUCGAGUGUGAGCAUGUCACUGAGCGAAAGGAGACAUUUUGCGAUAUUUGUGUGCCCAUUGACACGGGAAGAUCAAAUGAGAAAGACGAAAAUGGAAAAUCGAUAGACAGCUCAGAGGUGUACAGACAUUUGGUUGUAACCAGCGAAUUCUUGUCUGGACGGGACAAGUAUUGGUGCGCCAGCUGUUUGAGAUACAACGAAGCUCAAAGGGCUGUUAGUUUUCCCUCGUUGCCGAGACUACUUGUUCUACAGCUUAAAAGAUUUUCCACCGCUGCUGGAUCGAUGGAGAAGAUAAAUAAUUACAUGCCGACUCCUCUGACCCUUCAAUGCUUCUGUGAGCAAUGCAGUAACGAGCAGCAGGUUGGACCAUCGAACAGACAAGCAGAAUCACGUCACGUAUACAAACUUUAUUCGGUGAUAAUGCAUCAAGGUGCAACAAUGACAGCUGGACAUUACAUUGCCUACACUAAAGUCCCUGAAGACUCAACCUAUAAUGACUGUCGGCAAAAUGUUUCACAGAGCAGUAGCUCCAGCAAUACUAAUAAUUCAUCAUCGACUAGACUUCUGAAGUAUUUCAGAAGUAAACCAAACAUCAGUGAGAGCAAAGAACAUCGAACGGGAUGUCGCAGUAUGGAAUGUUGUGGCAUACGACGUGGAAAACAGUUUGGUACUUGGCUAGAAUGCGAUGACGAGGCUGUUAGAGUAAUUCAUGAACACGAGUUACAAGAUAAGUUAGCCCCAAAUCCACGCAACUCGGCGACACCCUAUCUGUUGUUUUACGUCAGAUCUGCAACGUAAAAUUCAAUCAUUCCUUUUUGCUAUGAUUUUUUUCAGAUCCUCUACCCUCCUGUCUGCCUUGGUUCGACAUUUUCCUAUCUCCCUUGUAUCGAAGAUGUGUAUCAAAUGUUUUCUUUUCAAAUUAAAAACUUCGAGAACCUA